AUGCAUAAAACCAGUACCAAUCCAAUGGGAGUCAAUCAAAAUAGCAACAGUUAAUUGCAGUUUUAUAGUAAAAAACCAAAGCAGUUGGAAGUUGAUAGAUUGGUUGUUUAUAAGAAAGAGAAUCAAGUCAAGACUUAGCAAAUAUUAGAAUCUUUUAACAAUGAUUAUGAAUUACUAUCAGAUCACAUCAAGAUAGUUAAAGAUCAAAUCAAAAUAAGAAGACCAGAUGUGUCGAGAGAUAUAACUUUAGAUUUGAAUAAUACAAUAGUAGAGGAGACUACAGCUAAUAGAUAUGAGAAGAGAAUUAAGAUUUAAAAGAACCAUCAAUCGUAGUUACGAAAUCAGAGUCGAAAUCAAACUCAAUAGCUAGUUUAUACUGAAUAUGAUGAUGGGGAUUUAUAGCAAAACAUUGAUGGCAAUAAAUCCGUCGAUGUGAUCAAAAGCAGACCAUAGAAUUUACUAUCAGGCAAGAUAAUUCAAAAAAACAAAGGCAACUUUUAAAGUCUAGUCAGAACUUCAAACAACAAGUAGACUAAUUUGAAAUAUAUGCUGAUAAAUAAUGCUAACAGCAGUAAUAAAAAUUUAAAUUCACAAUUCUCAAAUUAAAGAGAACUUAAUUAGCGAUCUCAGAUAAACUUACUUAGAACUAAUGAUCAGAACAAAAUUAUGAAGAUACCAUAAAUAAUACCCCCACUAAGUUUGAAUCAGUUGUCUAAUACCUAAAUUCAACUAACGAAUAUGAAAGAUAAUCCAAGCUAAAAUUAUUAAGAACUAUCCUACAAAACACAGCAAGUGCUUUAAGAUACUAAUAUGAAUGCAACUUUCUCUAUAAACCAGAAACAUAAGAGUGUAAACGAUUAGAUGAGUACUACUUUUAGUAAUAAUUUGCCUUUGGCUUCAAUACAUAAGUAAUCAACACUCUAAAAUCCUGCUAAUUAGUUUAACAUCAUUGAGAAAAAAGAUUCUCAAGAUAGUUAUGAAACACCUCCGACAUAAAUAGAUUUUACAAUUAGAGAUUAAACCAACUAGAAAGAAAAUACGACGGGAGUGGCUUUCGGGUAGGUGAUUUUGGGUGAUAGUGAGAGCUACGAAAAUGAUGAGUUCAUUGAGGAAACUAUACUUACUAAGGAAAAGCAGUCUCUUUAAAAUUAAAGAUCUCUUAGAUACCAAUAAGAUUCUAUAAGAUACGAAGAUUAAAAGAAAGAUAGGUUCUAAUAAUCUAACACUUCAAAGUUUAGAGAUCGACUUAACUUGAAAGAGUAUGCUUUGUAGUAGCCAGAUUAGAACGAGGUAAAGACAGAGAGUCAGCUAGAGUCACUUUAGUCGAAUGACAUUAUUAAGAAUUAUGGCCUAGAUAAUAAAGAGGAAGAUGAAGAGGUUUAAGAAGAAAUAGAUGUAGAAUAUGACUAGGAAUUCGAUUAAUAUGAAGAUGAAGGAGAUAGCAAAGACUGA